AUGAACCGCUGCCGGGCAGGAGGUCGAGUGAAGCCCGCCUGGAUUUUUGGGCUGGCAUGUUGGAUGACAGUUUACGUUGUCAGCGGCUCUUCGCUUCCACUCAACCCUGAGGUGUUUUUGGAAAAAUAUGGGUACUUACAUGACGACAACUUCAUCCACAAUGCUGCUGAGAUGCAGUCAGCAAUCCGGGAGUUCCAGUGGUUGUCUCGCCUACCCAUGACAGGUGAAUUAGACAGUGCCACCCUGAAGCAAAUGGCUGAGCCACGCUGUGGCGUGUCAGACAAGGGCAGCCAGCAGGUGUGGGCCCAGAGAGUAAACAUCAUCUUCACUCCGAAGAAAUCCGCUGCAGCAUCGGCAUGGCCCCGUAGGAAACGCUCUGCAGGCCAAGCUGACAAGUGGUCCAAGCAUCACCUGGCCUACCAGAUAAUUAAUUGGCCGCGCCACCUGUCCCUGGGGUCAGUGCGACUGGCGGUGAAUGCAGCUUUCCAGCUGUGGAGCAACGUGUCAGGCCUCGUGUUCCAGGAAGCCCCUGAAGGGCCAGCUGACAUCCGGCUGGCCUUUUAUGAGGGCGAUCACAACGACGGGACUGGCAACGCCUUUGACGGGCCAGGAGGAACUCUGGCUCAUGCGUUCCUACCGCGCAGAGGGGAGGCCCACUUUGACAAGGCCGAGAGGUGGACCCUAAACGGACACAAGGGCCAUAAUCUGUUCAUGGUGAUGGCCCAUGAAAUCGGACACACUCUGGGUUUGCAGCACUCGCCUGUGCGUCAUGCCCUCAUGUCGCCGUACUACAGAAAACUGGGUCGCAGUCUGGUGAUGAGCUGGGAUGACAUUGUGGCUGUGCAGCAGCUGUAUGGUAAGCCCCCUGGCGAUCAGCUGGUUCGUGUGCCAGGUGAGGUCCUGCACGCCGCACUGCAGGAGUGGGAGUUGAUGGACCUUCACAAGGGACACAAGAGCAACGGCCUGCCGCUCUACUGCCAGUCUGGCAUGUUUGACGCCAUCACUGUUGACGCAAACAGGACAGUCCUCGUGUUUCGAGGUGGCGUGUACUGGACCGUGUCAGCAGAGGGGCGCUCGACUGGCCCCCUGGCGCUCCGUCAACGUUGGGCCGACCUGCCGCCUGCCAUCGAGGCAGCCACCUUCUCACCUCUGGACGCCAAAUGGUACUUCUUUAAAGGGAAGCGUAUGUGGCGUUACACAGGCCAAGUGCUGGAUGUGGGCUUCCCCCGGGAGAGCAUGGACGUGGGCCUACCACGCCACCCGGACUGCGCCUUCUUCUACGCCGCACUAGGUCACAUGGUGCUGCUCAAGGGCUCUCGUUACUUUGUCCUCAACCUGCAAACAAUGAGCGGAGAGCCCUACUACCCACGCAAGCUUAAAGACUGGAAGGGCGUCCCGCAGGGCACCAACGGGGCGCUGAGCCGUCCGGACGGAUGCCUUUAUCUGUUCAAGGAGCGCCACUUCUGGAGGUUUGACCCGCUCAAGGUGCGAGUCACCCGAGUAGGCCAGUGGGCCAAAGAGCUGAGCUGGACCGGUUGUAGUCCAGCUCUUCACACCAAUGACAUCCUUUAG